GGGCGGGGGGAGCGCGCGGGCAGCGAGAGGCGAGCCGAGAGUGGAGGAGGCGGCGGCGGCGGGAGCGCUCCCCAGGAAUGUCGCUGCCGCCGCCACCGCCGGGGCCGCUGCCGUUGAGGAAGCGACGGAGGAGACCGGCGUUGUUAGGAAGAUGAUCCAUAUGAUCUCCAAGACCUUUCUUUGGCGAUGAAGGAGCUACAAAGAACCAAAUAUAAUUCUGAAAUUCAGGAUCUGUAUUGUGAAAUGAUUUUAUUUUCAGAAUGAAAAGUAUAUAUGGUUGCCUUUUUGAAUGUAGAGACACGAGAAAAGAGUUAUGAUGGCAAAAAACAAAGAGCCUCGUCCCCCAUCCUAUACCGUCAGUGUAGUUGGACUCUCGGGGACUGAAAAAGACAAAGGUAACUGUGGAGUUGGAAAAUCUUGUCUGUGCAAUAGAUUUGUACGCUCAAAAGCAGAUGAAUAUUAUCCAGAGCAUACUUCUGUGCUUAGCACCAUUGACUUUGGAGGCCGCGUAGUAAACAAUGAUCACUUUUUGUACUGGGGUGACAUAACACAAAAUGGUGAAGAUGGAGUAGAAUGCAAAAUCCAUGUCAUUGAACAAACAGAGUUCAUUGAUGACCAGACUUUCUUGCCUCAUCGAAGUACAAAUUUACAACCAUAUAUAAAACGUGCAGCUGCCUCUAAAUUGCAGUCAGCAGAAAAACUAAUGUACAUUUGCACCGAUCAGCUGGGUUUGGAGCAAGACUUUGAACAGAAACAAAUGCCUGAAGGGAAGCUCAGUGUAGAUGGAUUUUUAUUGUGUAUUGAUGUAAGUCAAGGAUGUAAUAGAAAGUUUGAUGAUCAACUUAAAUUUGUGAAUAACCUUUUUGUCCAGCUUUCAAAAUCCAAAAAGCCUGUGAUAAUAGCAGCGACUAAAUGUGAUGAGUGUGUGGACCAUUAUCUUAGAGAAGUGCAAGCAUUCGCUUCAAAUAAAAAGAACCUCCUGGUGGUGGAGACAUCAGCACGGUUUAAUGUCAACAUUGAGACAUGUUUCACUGCGUUGGUACAAAUGUUGGAUAAAACUCGUGGCAAACCUAAAAUUAUUCCUUAUCUGGAUGCUUAUAAAACACAGAGACAACUUGUUGUCACAGCAACAGAUAAGUUUGAAAAACUUGUGCAGACUGUGAGAGAUUAUCAUGCAACUUGGAAAACUGUUAGUAAUAAAUUAAAAAAUCAUCCUGAUUAUGAAGAAUAUAUCAACUUAGAGGGAACAAGAAAGGCCAGAAAUACAUUCUCAAAGCAUAUAGAACAACUCAAGCAGGAACAUAUAAGAAAAAGGAGAGAAGAAUAUAUAAGUACCUUGCCAAGGGCUUUUAAUACUCUCUUGCCUGAUCUAGAAGAGAUUGAGCAUUUGAAUUGGUUGGAAGCUUUGAAGUUAAUGGAAAAGAGAGCUGAUUUCCAGUUAUGCUUCGUGGUGCUAGAAAAAACACCUUGGGAUGAAACUGACCAUAUAGACAAAAUUAAUGAUAGACGGAUCCCAUUCGACCUCCUGAAAACUUUAGAAGCAGAAAAGGUCUAUCAGAACCAUGUACAACAUCUGAUAUCAGAGAAAAGAAGAAUAGAAAUGAAGGAGAAAUUCAAGAAGACUUUAGAAAAAAUUCAGUUCAUUUCACCUGGGCAACCAUGGGAGGAAGUUAUGUGUUUUGUUAUGGAAGAUGAAGCAUUCAAAUACAUCACUGAGGCUGAUAGCAAAGAAGUAUAUGGUAGACAUCAGCGAGAGAUAGUUGAAAAAGCCAAAGAAGAGUUUCAGGAAAUGCUUUUUGAGCAUUCGGAACUUUUUUAUGAUUUAGAUCUUAAUGCAACACCAAGUUCAGAUAAAAUGAGUGAAAUCCAUACAGUUCUAAGUGAAGAACCUAGAUAUAAAGCUUUACAGAAACUCGCACCUGAUAGGGAAUCUCUUCUCCUUAAGCAUAUAGGAUUUGUGUAUCAUCCCACUAAAGAAACCUGCCUCAGUGGCCAAUAUUGUACAGACAUUAAAGUGGAGCACUUACUUGCCAGUAGUCUUCUACAGUUGGAUCAUGGCCGCCUACGCUUGUAUCAUGAUAGUACCAAUAUAGACAAAGUUAAUCUUUUCAUUUUAGGGAAAGAUGGUCUUGCCCAGGAACUAGCAAAUGAGAUAAGGACUCAAUCCACUGAUGAUGAGUAUGCCUUAGAUGGAAAAAUUUAUGAACUUGAUCUUCGGCCUGUUGAUGCCAAAUCGCCUUACAUUUUGAGUCAGUUAUGGACUACAGCCUUUAAACCACAUGGGUGCUUCUGUGUAUUUAAUUCCAUUGAGUCACUGAGUUUUAUUGGGGAAUUUAUUGGAAAAAUAAGAACUGAAGCGUCUCAGAUCAGAAAAGAUAAAUAUAUGGCUAAUCUUCCAUUUACAUUAAUUCUUGCUAAUCAGAGGGACUCCAUUAGUAAAAAUCUACCAAUUCUCAGGCAUCAAGGACAGCAGUUGGCCAACAAAUUGCAGUGUCCUUUUGUAGAUGUACCUACUGGUACGUAUCCUCGUAAAUUUAAUGAAUCACAAAUAAAGCAAGCUCUAAGAGGAGUAUUGGAGUCAGUUAAACACAGUUUAGAUGUGGUGAGCCCAGUUCCUAUCAAUAAGGAUGUGUCCGAAGCUGACUUGAGGGUUGUCAUGUGUGCCAUGUGUGGUGAUCCAUUUAGUGUGGAUCUCAUUCUUUCACCCUUCCUGGAUUCUCAUUCUUGCAGUGCUGCUCAAGCUGGACAGAGUAAUUCCUUAAUGCUUGACAAAAUUAUUGGUGAAAAAAGGAGGCGAAUACAGAUCACAAUAUUGUCAUACCAUUCUUCAAUUGGAGUAAGAAAAGAUGAACUAGUUCAUGGGUAUAUAUUAGUUUAUUCUGCAAAACGGAAAGCAUCAAUGGGAAUGCUUCGCGCCUUUCUGUCAGAAGUUCAAGAUACCAUCCCUGUACAACUGGUGGCAGUUACUGACAGUCAAGCAGAUUUUUUUGAAAAUGAGGCUAUCAAGGAGCUAAUGACUGAAGGAGAACACAUUGCAACGGAAAUAACUGCAAAAUUUACAGCAUUGUAUUCUUUAUCUCAGUAUCAUCGGCAAACUGAAGUCUUUACGCUGUUUUUCAGUGAUGUUCUAGAGAAAAAAAAUAUGAUAGAAAAUUCCUACUUGUCUGAUAACACAAGGGAAUCCACCCAUCAAAGUGAAGAUGUUUUUCUCCCAUCUCCAAGAGACUGUUUUCCCUAUAACAACUACCCUGAUUCAGAUGAUGACACAGAAGCACCACCUCCUUAUAGUCCAAUUGGGGAUGAUGUACAAUUGCUUCCAACACCCAGUGACCGUUCCAGAUACAGGUUAGAUUUGGAAGGAAAUGAGUAUCCUAUUCAUAGCACCCCAAACUGUCACGAUCAUGAACGUAACCAUAAAGUGCCUCCACCUAUUAAACCUAAACCUGUUGUACCUAAAACAAAUGUGAAAAAACUGGAUCCAAACCUUUUAAAAACAAUAGAAGCUGGUAUUGGUAAAAAUCCAAGAAAACAGACUUCCCGGGUACCUAUGGCACAUCCUGAAGAUAUGGAUUCUUCAGAUAACUAUGCGGAACCCAUUGACACAAUUUUCAAACAGAAGGGCUAUUCUGAUGAGAUUUAUGUUGUCCCAGAUGAUAGUCAGAAUCGAAUUAUUAAAAUUAGAAACUCAUUUGUAAAUAACACUCAAGGAGAUGAAGAAAAUGGGUUUUCUGAUAGAAUCUCAAAAGGUCAUGGGGAACGUAGGCCUUCAAAAUACAAAUAUAAAUCUAAAACUUUGUUUAGUAAAGCCAAGUCAUACUAUAGAAGAACACACUCAGAUGCAAGUGAUGAUGAGGCUUUCACAACUUCUAAAACUAAAAGAAAAGGAAGACAUCGAGGAAGCGAAGAAGAUCCACUGCUUUCGCCUGUUGAAACUUGGAAAGGUGGUAUUGAUAAUCCUGCGAUCACAUCUGACCAGGAGGUAGAUGAUAAGAAGAUGAAGAAGAAAACCCACAAAGUAAAGGAAGAUAAAAAGCAGAAAAAGAAAACUAAGACCUUCAAUCCACCAACACGUAGAAAUUGGGAAAGUAAUUACUUUGGGAUGCCCCUCCAGGAUCUGGUUACAGCGGAGAAGCCUAUACCACUAUUUGUUGAAAAAUGUGUGGAAUUUAUUGAAGACACAGGAUUAUGUACUGAAGGACUGUACCGUGUAAGUGGAAAUAAAACUGAUCAAGACAACAUUCAAAAGCAGUUUGAUCAAGAUCAUAAUAUCAAUCUGGUGUCAAUGGAAGUCACAGUAAAUGCUGUAGCUGGAGCUCUCAAGGCUUUCUUUGCUGAUCUGCCAGACCCUUUGAUUCCAUAUUCACUCCACCCAGAGCUAUUGGAAGCAGCAAAAAUCCCAGAUAAAACAGAACGUCUUCAUGCCUUGAAAGAAAUUGUUAAGAAAUUUCAUCCUGUAAACUAUGAUGUAUUCAGAUAUGUUAUAACACAUCUAAACAGGGUUAGUCAGCAAAAUAAAAUCAACCUAAUGACAGCAGACAACUUAUCCAUCUGCUUUUGGCCGACUUUGAUGAGACCUGAUUUUGAAAAUCGGGAGUUUCUGUCUACCACUAAAAUCCAUCAAUCUGUCGUUGAAACAUUUAUUCAACAGUGUCAGUUUUUCUUUUACAAUGGAGAAAUUGUAGAAACUACGAACCCUGUGGCUCCUCCCCCACCCACAAAUCCAGGACAAUUGGUGGAGUCAAUGGUACCACUUCAGUUGCCACCACCAUUGCAACCGCAGCUCAUUCAACCACAAUUGCAGACAGAUCCUCUUGGUAUUAUAUAAACAGAAUGUGAUUGCAAAUGGCCUGAAAUUGGACAAAAGCAAAUCUAGACAUGCAUGUUUCAGGGUUUAGUAGUAUAUUUCAUGUUUCAUACAGAUAAUCCACAUUCAAAAUGACAAGACAUUUUCUCUUUGAACUAUGUGGUAUUCCCUGUUAACUUACAUUACAAAUCUAAAAACGUGGUAAGCAUGACUGGAGAGGUUUAAUUUUUAUAAACAAAAAAUAGUUAUAAAAAUGCAAAGCUGCUGCUGCAUGCAACCUUAUUGCAAUCAGUAUAUCAUUCCUGUGGCGAUUUUUGUCACAUUAUAUUGUGAAUAAAAUUUUUCUAUAGAAAUUAAAUGAUUUAAAACUCAUAUAUGAAAUGUUUAAUGCUUUCAGCCUGCUUUAUGGCUGGUUUUGUUAUUUGAUGUGCUAAUUUGGGAACUUAAUUAACAUUCAAGCAGUCUGUAUAGAUAACUAAAGCCCAGUUAAGUAUUUUAUAAUUUCAGGCUGCUAUGCCAUGCUUGGGAUGUUGUUUGAAAGAAAGAAAAAAAAUACAUGUAACAUAUUUCACAUUUCUGCACCUUCAUCUUCUAAGUAAAUCUAUGGAUGAUUUGAUGAGGAGUGAAUGAACCUGUUUCUUGUACUCACAUACCAAGGACACACUUGUGGUUAAAGUGAGUUGAUAAUGUGGUGUUAAGGAUGGCUGUCACCAACUCAUUUCUUUAUGAUCUCUAAUGAAAAAUACAUUUUGUAUACGGUUAAUUCUGUAAACAGAUGCAUGUUCAAAAGAUCUAUGAUGGUCUUGUAAUCUUAAUCUAAUAUAUUUUAGAUAUUUUAAUUUUUCCCUCUUGGGAAAUACAUUUAGUAUAGUGUAGAAAAAUACUUCAUGACAUUUUCAUAUAAGGUUAUAUAACUUUUCAUACAUAAACAUGAAAUUUGUUGUAGAAAAUUCUUUAAACCAAACAUUUAAUCUAGGACUUCAAUUUAAUCUGUUCCUUGAAUCUAUUUUUAUGUGGCCCUUGAGAAUAUAUCCCAAAAAAUCCAUUGCUAAUACAGCAAUAAAAAUACUUUGGGUACUGACAGACUUCUUGGAGUAUGUAUAUAUAAAAUCACAAACAUGUAUUCAUAUUCUUUCUGUGAUAUGUUGUUCUGCAGUCCAGAAUGGCUUUUGCAUCAUUUUUUAAACCAGUUUUCCCCUUUGAUGUUGGUACCAGAGUUGCUAUAAAUGACUGCUGCUUUAGGGGUUAAAUAUUUUGUUAGUGGAGAUACAACCAGAACACUAAAUUAUGAUAAAACUUUCUGAUUGGAUAAUAGGUAGAUUUAGUUGGGCUAUAUUCAAAAUUAUUUUAUCAAAACCGUAUCAUUUGUUUUACUGGAAAAAGGAAAAUGGUUUGUUUUUACUGCUGCGUCAUAUUUUGUGUAGUAAAGACAAAAAAUUCUUUGGCCAAUAUUGUAAUCUUUAUAUUUCACCGUUAAGGUUUCCUUAUUUGUAUUAUAGUAAAUCAAUGAUUUUGAGA